AUGCAAGAGAAAUCGGAAAGAUUUCUAUGGGAGGCACAAUGCGGAUUUAGACCUGGAAGAGGAUGCACGGAUCAAAUGUUUUCUCUCCGCAUGAUCACGGAAAAGCUUCUGGCUGCUAACCAGAAGAUUUUCUGUGCUUUUGUGGAUCUUGAGAAAGCAUUUGAUAAGGUUGUAAGGAAGAAAAUGUGGGAACUGUUGCCGGGGUAUGGUGUGGAUGGUCGAUUGCUAAGGGCUGUGCAGUCUCUUUACUGUGACUGUAAAGCCUGUGUGCGGGUAGGGCAUGACCUGUCACCCAUGUUUAGCGUCCAAACGCGCGUAAAACAGGGUUGUGUCAUGUCUUCCUGGCUGUUCAUACUGUAUCUCGACAGUUGUUUACAAAAGCUGAAAGAUAGCUGUUUGGGUGUGAAAUUGGGUGACAUAAAAGUAAAUUGUCUGGUGUAUGCUGAUGAUGCAAUGCUUAUUGCACCAUCAGAGGCAGAACUGCAGACAUUAGUCACGUGUAUAAAAGAGGAAUGUGAAAUUAAAGGUCUCCGUUUGAACGCUAAUAAAACUAAGGUUCUGGUAUUUGAAAGGGACGAAGAGAGAACGAAGUGUGAAAUAUGGACCAUAAAGAUCGGACGCCUGCGUUGGGCAGGGCACGUGUUGCGAAUGGACGAGGCCAGAGUACCCAUACGCCUUUUAGAAGGCCGACCUAAGGGCCGCAGAUAUCGAGGCAGGCCGAAGUUCAGAUGGUUGGACAGCGUCGAACAAGAUAUCAAGAUCUUGGGAAAACCAAGUUGGAGAAGGAAAACCUCUAACAGAUUGGACUGGAGAGCUUUGCUGGACCAGGCUAAGGCCCACUCGCGGCUGUAA